UCUUUGAUGCUCUCCAAUUCGUCUCUUUUGGACUCUAUUUUAUUUGUGCGAAGUUUUAGUAUAAAUAGCGGUUGGCGUCGAUGGGUGAGUUACAGUCUAGCAGUCUGCAGAUAGCUUGACAGUUCCUCCAGUAUACAAUGGCCGCCCUUAAAGCUUUGAUCAUCCUCGCCGUCGUCGCCGCCUGCUUGGCCGCUGAGGAGAAGAGGGACAAGAAGGAUGUGAUUGCCGCGUACCCAGCUGGUUACGGCUACGGUGCUUACCCCUACUCCGCUUACUCUGGUGCUUACCCCUACUCUGCCUACUCUGGAGCUUACCCCUACUCUGCCUACUCAGCCGCCUACCCUGCUGCCUACUCUGCCUACUCAGCUGUUCCAGCUGUUUCAGCUGUCCCAGCUGUUUCCUCCUACUCAGCUGUCCCAGCUGUUUCUGCUGUCCCAGCUGUAUCAGCUGUCCCAGCUGUUUCAACCUACUCAGCUGUGCCAGCUGUUUCUGCCUACUCGACUGCCUACCCCUACUCGGCCUACUCUGGAGCUUACCCCUACUCCGCCUACUCUGGUGCCUACCCCUACUCCGCCUACUCUGCAGCUUACCCCUACUCCAGCUACUCAGGAGCUUACCCCUACUCGGCAGCAUACUACGGAGGAGCUUACCACGGUGCUUACCCCUACGCAGCUUACCCCAAGGGUGUCGCUAUUGCUGCCUAAGUUCUCUACAAAACUUCCAAAAAGUUCUGAAAUGUCAGGGUAAAUCUUUGGAGUUCAUUGGUGGAUUGAGACACUGCCUCAGUAGUAACUAGGUAGAGUCUCAUUUGCCAAUUAGCUCCAAAAAUUGUUUUUUCUUGAUAUUCUGGAACUAUUUGUCUAUCAAAUUCACGCCAGUCAUCUACAAGUUACCGCCAGGAAACUGAUAUAUUCUAGAUAAUAUAUCAGAUUUGUUCAACAUUUUUUCAAAAAUAUUGUAAAUUCAAAAUUUCCGUUCUCAUGCAAUAAAAGUUUGGGUAAACCUA